AAUUGCAGAACAGGGAUGGAGGAAGAUUUCAUUAGUGAUGACAGUGCUGACUUCUUACCUACACUGGUUGUGGCUGAGUUGUCUGGACUGAUCGACAGUGAAACCCUGAAGAAAGACAAUCUGAAAUGUGAAGUGUUGGGUAUAGACACUGAUCGGCCUGUUCUUCAAAUUGAAAACUAUGUCUUCGCUGGGGAAUAUGAAGAUGCAAUUGGAACAGCCAUGAUAUUUAAAGGAAUACCUGCUGACCCCUCAGCACCUGACUCCGAUUUGAAGGACCUGGAGUACGUCUGCUCCACUCGCAAGAAGCUGGUGAUGAAGAGGGCAUUCCUCCAGAGCAAGAACAUUGCAGAGACUCACAGGCAGAGCAUUCCGGAUGAAGAUGAAGUUGACACAGAUGGGGGGAGUGGAAGAUGUAGAUGGCAUGGAGCCUGAAACAGAUCCUGCUGAUAACACAGACACCCCUGUUGCCUCUACAUCUGGUGUUCAAGUAACACAGGCUUCAUCCGGUUCCUGACACACUGACACACGAGUUUCUGAACUUCACAUAUCUCAAUCUUAUCAUGCAGCCUCCAUCUCCAUCUGGCUAUUAUAACAAGGACAACGUCUGAGGAUGCUGAAUCUAUGUCUCAGGUUGAAAUAAUUCAUUUCCUUGAUGAACCUUCACAAGACAUGGCAUGGAAGCAGCAGUGAGACCUACACAAAGCUGUGUGAGUGAGACCUGCCCAAAGCUGUGUGAGUGAGAACGGCAUGAAUCUGUGUGCGUGAGAACGACAUAAAUCUGUGUGCGCAAGACCUUCCCAAAGCUGUAAGAGUGAGACAUGCCCAAAGCUGUGAGAGUGAGACCUGCCCAAAGCUGUGUGAAUGAGAAUUUGACAAAUCUGUGUACCGGUAAUCCUGUCAAUGAUUGAUGCUUUUUUUGAUACAAGACUGUUUUUCAAUUAUGUCACACAGUGAACAGUUUCAGUUGUACCUGUCUAUGUUUGAAAUCAUGUGUGAUGGUGAAGCAGGACGACCUCUUUUAAGAUCUUGUCAAAAUUUCAGUGAAACUGGAAUGUGUUUAUGUUGACUGAGGGGUGGUGGGGUAGCCUAGUGGUUAAGGCGCUCGCUACGUCAAGCUGAAGACCCAGGUUCGAUUCCCAACAUGGGCACAAUGAGUGAAUCCCAUUUCUGGUGUUCCCUGCCCUGAUAUUGCUGGAAUAUUGCUAAAAGCGGGGUACAAACAAAACUCACUCAUUAUAUUGACUGGCCUUUGUACAGCUGUACAGGUAUUGUGGUCAGGACCAUUUAAGCGGUUGUUGCAUACUGACUGAAACCCAAAAGAUGUUUGAGAGAUCCAUAUACUUGGUGUUAACAAGACUUGUGAUCAACAAUAUAUGCUUAUAUGAAUGGACAUUAAUGUGACCAAAACAUUGUAAUCGAAGCCCAUCAUGGGGAUGUCUGUUUGUCUGUGUAAUUGGUCAUGUACACAUAGUGGCAUCUAAAAUACACAUUACUACGAAAA